AUCGCGAACAUGGCGCCUGAGCGAGUACGGAGCCGUGCGCUCUCGGCUUUCAAGUUGCGCGGCUUGCUACUCCGAGGUGAAGCUACUAAGUACCUCACAGAAGUUCUUCAGUCUGUCAACGAAUUAGAGCUUGAAGACACUCUGGAAAAGAUCAUUGAUGCAGUUGAAAAGCAGCCCUUGUCAUCCAACAUGAUUGAACGAUCCGUAGUAGAAGCGGCAGUCCAGGAAUGUAGCCAGUCAGUUGAUGAAACUAUAGACCAUAUUUUCAAUAUCAUUGGAGCCUUUGACAUUCCACGUUUUGUGUACAACUCAGAAAGAAAAAAAUUUCUUCCUCUAAAAAUGACCAACCAUCCUGCACCAAAUUUGUUUGGAACAGCUAGAGAUAAAGCUGAGCUGUAUCGUGAACGCUAUACCAUUUUGCACCAGAGGACUCACAGACAUGAAUUAUUUACUCCUCCAGUGAUAGGUUCGCACCCUGAUGAAAGUGGAAGCAAAUUUCAGCUGAAAACUAUAGAAACUUUAUUGGGUAGUACAACCAAGAUCAGAGAUGUGAUUGUCCUUGGAAUGAUAACCCAGUUGAAAGAGGGGAAAUUUUUUCUGGAAGAUCCUACUGGAACAGUACAACUAGAUCUUAGUAAAGCUCAGUUCCAUAGUGGUCUGUACACAGAGGCGUGCUUUGUCUUAGCAGAAGGUUGGUUUGAAGAUCAUGUGUUUCAUGUGAACGCUUUUGGAUUUCCACCUACAGAGCCCUCUAGUACUACUAGGGCAUACUAUGGAAGUAUUAACUUUUUUGGCGGUCCUUCUAAUACAUCUGUGAAGACUUCCGUAAAACUAAAACAACUGGAAGAAGAGAAUAAAGAUGCCAUGUUUGUGUUCAUAUCUGAUGUCUGGUUGGACCAAGUAGAAGUACUAGAAAAACUUCACACAAUGUUUUCUGGUUACUCACCAGCACCACCAACCUGCUUUAUUCUGUGUGGUAAUUUUUCAUCUGCACCCUAUGGGAAAAAUCAAGUUCAAGCUUUCAAAGAUUCCCUGAAAACUUUGGCAGACAUAAUAUGUGAAUACCCAAAUAUUCACCAAAGAAUUCAAUAUUGUACACAAGAAAUUAUUAUUUUUCGUGAAGACUUAGUGAAUAAAAUGUGCAGAAACUGUGUCCGUUUUCCUAGUAGCAAUUUGGAUAUUCCUAAUCAUUUUGUAAAGACUAUCCUAUCCCAAGGACAUCUUACUCCUCUGCCUCUGUAUGUCUGCCCAGUGUACUGGGCGUAUGACUAUGCACUGAGAGUGUACCCUGUACCUGAUGUAUUGGUCACCGCAGACAAAUACGACCCUUUCACUAUAACGAAUACCGAGUGCCUCUGCAUAAACCCUGGCUCUUUUCCAAGAAGUGGAUUUUCAUUCAAAGUGUAUUAUCCUUUCAAUAAGACAGUAGAAGAUAGCAAACUUCAAGGCUUUUGAAAUCCAUCUGAAGACCACUAUUCUGCUUACUUUUAUAUCUUAUGUAAUUUUGGUAUUGUUAUAAUAAAAUUGUGGC